GACGGUGACACCAAGGUGGAGUACCGCGCCUGGAACCCGUUCCGCUCCAAGCUGGCGGCCGCCAUCCUGGGUGGCAUCGACCAGAUCCACAUCUGCCCGGGCGCCAAGGUCCUCUACCUGGGCGCCGCGUCGGGGACAACCGUGUCCCACGUCUCCGACAUCGUGGGGCCGGAGGGCCUGGUUUACGCCGUGGAGUUCUCGCACCGCUCCGGCCGCGACCUCCUCAACGUGGCCAAGAAGAGGACGAACGUGAUCCCGGUCAUCGAGGACGCGCGGCACCCGCACAAGUACCGCAUGCUCAUCGUCUUCUCCACCAAGGCCAACUGCAUCGACUCGACGGCGGCGCCCGAGGCCGUGUUCGCCGCCGAGGUCAAGAAGAUGCAGCAGGAGAACAUGAAGCCCCAGGAGCAGCUGACGCUGGAGCCCUACGAGCGCGACCACGCCGUGGUCGUGGGCGUCUACAGAGCCCCCCCCGCGCCCCGUCGCAGCGCAGCCCCCCCGCAGGUGGUCAAGGCCUACGACCACCGCGAGCAGGAGUGGGUGGCCAUCAAGAUCAUCAAGAACCGCAAGGCCUUCGUGAGCCAGGCGCACAUCGAGCUGCGCCUGCUGGAGCUCAUGAACCAGCACGACACCGAGAUGAAGUACUACAUCGUGCACCUCAAGCGCCACUUCGUGUUCCGCAACCACCUGUGCCUGGCCUUCGAGCUGCUCUCCUACAACCUGUACGACCUGCUGCGCAACACCAACUUCCGCGGCGUCUCGCUCAACCUCACGCGCAAGUUCGCGCAGCAGCUCUGCACCGCGCUGCUCUUCCUGGCCACCCCCGAGCUCAGCAUCAUCCACUGCGACCUCAAGCCCGAGAACAUCCUGCUCUGCAACCCCAAGCGCAGCGCCAUCAAGAUCGUCGACUUCGGCAGCUCCUGCCAGCUGGGCCAGCGGGUGAGCCGCGGGACACGCCCCCUGGGCCGCGGGACACGCCCCCGGGGCGCUGGCCCCGCCCCCGAGGCGGUGGCACCGCCCACUGCAGCCCUAAGACCCACCCACGCGAAGCAGAGCUUCCCCACAGGCUCCUUGGCCCCGUUUCCGGGAUGA